AUGGCUGAUGAUAAUAGAUCCAACGAAGUCAUUGAAGCAAAGUUGGCAAAGUUGGAAGAUUAUGAAAAAGCGAGAAAAAUGGAAUUUGAAAAAUAUUUGAAACGAUACAAGGACAAUCAAAAAACACCGAUCCGUCAGCAGUCAGUUGAUGGAAAUUCUGAAUUCAGCUCUUCAUCAGGAGCCAAGAUCAAAAGAGCACAAUCUGAAAGGAUGCCCAAUUUUAGCAAUAAAAAAGUUACUGGUGAUAAAAUUAGUGAGAAGCGGAGACUGAAAAUUGACAAGCCAAAAAAUCAAGGAAAUGGAAAAUUGGAAAUUGAAGCAAAUGAAAAAGUUACAAGAUUGGAGGAUGAUAAUUUUUAA